CUGGCGUGAGCUUCUGGAAUUCCAACAUGGCAGUAGAUGUGGUCAGUAUUUCUAUGCUGGUCAGUCUCUCCAACCCCAACUUGGAAGCAUUCCAGAACAUCACCGACUCGGAGUAACCCGCAUCCCAGUUUAAUCUGAACAGUUUGUGGUUCCUGUGGCAGAAGACUUCGUUUGCAUGUAGGUUAAAUACGAGGCAAGUUCUUGCAUGCACUGAAGAAGUCUUUCUAUACAAGCUGUGGACAUAUUUGAAGUGAAUAAUAUUACACUCCCUGACGUCUGUUCUGUCUCUCCAUCACCUUGCUGAUGUCAAGCAAUAUGAUCAGCGGUGUAUAUGGCGUGACAAUGCAGUGGAGCCCUGAGCAGUCACAGUGGGCAAAGCAACACUAUGACAUCACCUCCACCACCCAUUCACCAGGGCACAAGAUUGAAGCUCUUAGAGAUCCAAGGCUAGGUUCGUCCUCGGCUGCAGCAUUCCAGCAUUCAUGGGCAAACGACGACAUUUCUGCACUGACUGCAUCUAACCUGCUUAAGAGGUAUGCAGAGAGGUAUUCUGCCAUUCUGGAUCUACCCUGUGAUAGUGGACUGAUUGGAUAUCCAGAUGCUGCCAUUUCCGUUAGCGUUAGUGGACCAGGUGUUGUGAAUAACGUCCCGCCUCUUCUUAAUGGACAGAAGGUAGAGGCAGAGCCAUGGUUGGACAGUGUGUAUACUCCACUGGGUUGUGUACCUGAACUUCUCCCUAAAGCAUCAUUAAGUGUGUCAGACGUAUCUGUGAGUGUGUGUAACUCAUCGGUUAUAGGCAGUGGGAGUCUUCCAGACCCUUGUUUCUCCUGCAGAAGUUGUAACAGUCAGUCCGGCAACCAGGAAUACAGCAGCACGCCCUAUAGUGCUUCUUACCUGCAACCUGUAGGCACAUACGGUGGCUCUUUCUUCCACCCCACCCCUUCCCAUUCUAGUCUGAUUCCAACCUACAGUUCUAACACUUCGCCUAACCUUGCUCCAUACAGUUACCCAAAUUCUCGGUACCCUUCGCAGGCUGUCCUUCCUGCUGGCUACACCCCUCCUCCACCUCCCUCAGCAUACCUGCCAACAGGCAUAACUCCUCCAAAACCUCUUCCACCUAUGGGAUACUCAUAUCCAGCCACCAGUCUUAGAGGUAGUGUCUCUGAAAGUGAUGCUCCAAGUGCAUCUAGCCUUCCGAAGGCCUAUUACCCAUCAACCCAGGGAGAGAUUGGAGUGUUUGAGGAAUUUGAUUUUGGUGGGAACUCUAAUUCUGACUCUAGUUCUGAAGGAAGCCCCCUCUACAGGCCAUCAGGGGAUGGCACAAUGGACAAGGAUACCGGAUUCCGCCAAUCAGCAGAUGUCACGUCAUCUUCAUCAUUCAAGGCAGCCAAUCAUGGAGACUCUCAUAGCAGCUUGGAGUCUCUCACAGAAGCCAUGAGUGGACCGAACAAUGGUACAUCUGGACAGCACUUCCCCACUACCUCAACUUCUGUUGUCACAUCUCACCAAUAUCUCUGCACUGACACAAGCACACCCUGUUGA